AUGAUCAUAAAACGUCUUUUGACAAGAAACGCUAUUUACAAGGCCAAUUUAUUAAUGACAGGCAAGACUGCUAUUGUAACUGGAGCAAAUGUUGGAAUAGGAAAAGCUACAGCCUUGGAUUUGGCUCGAAGAAAUGCAAGAGUUAUUCUUGCCUGCAGAGAUCUUAAGAAGGCUGAGAAAGCGGUCAAAGACAUUAGGGGAUAUACAUCUAAUGGUGAAUUGAUUGUAAAACAACUUGAUCUUGCCAGCUUGAAAUCUGUGCGACAAUUUUGUCAAGACAUUUGUCAGGAAGAGUCUCAUUUGGAUGUGUUGAUAAACAAUGCAGGGGUCUUUCAAUGUCCCUAUAUGAAAACAGAGGAUGGUUUGGAAAUGCAGAUGGGUGUGAAUCAUUUUGGUCAUUUUUUGUUGACCAAUUUACUGUUGGAUUUGCUGAAAAAAUCUGCUCCCAGUCGUGUGGUGAUCGUCUCAUCUGCUCUCCUUAAACGUGGAAAGAUUAAUUUUGAUGAUAUAAACAGUGAAGAAAGUUAUUCUCCAUCCAAAGGCUAUGCAAACAGUAAAUUAGCUAAUGCGUUAUUUGCUCGAGAACUGAGUCAACGAUUGCAAGGAACAGGAGUUAAUGUGUACUGCCUUCAUCCUGGAGUGGUAGCUACAGAUCUGGGAAGACACUUGGUACCUCAAGCUCUAUUAGGAGUACUUAGACCACUAGCUGGUUUGGUACUAAAGACCAGUACAGAAGGCUGUCAGACUGUAGUAUAUUGUAGUGUAGAACCAGAGUUAGACAAUGAAACUGGCAAUUAUUAUGGAGAUUGCCACCAGAAACCAUGGAGUCCAGCAGCAAGUGAUCUAAUGUCAGCCAAGAAGCUGUGGGAAGUUAGCUCCAUUUUAACAGGCUUAUCUACCAAGAAAUUACAAUAA